AUGCAGGAAAAAGAUAUUAAAUUUGGGGUUGAAGCUCGAGCUUUGAUGCUUAAAGGUGUCGAAGAGCUUGCUGAUGCUGUUAGAGUAACCAUGGGUCCUAAGGGAUGGAAUGUGGUUAUUGAACAAAGAUAUGGUGCCCCCAAAGUAACUAAAGAUGGUGUAACUGUUGCAAAGAGCAUUGAAUUCAAAGACAAAGUCAAGAACGUUGGUGCGAGUCUUGUGAAACAAGUAGCAAACGCCACUAACGAUGAAGCGGGUGAUGGGACUACCUGUGCAGCCGUGCUUACACGAGUAAUAUUCACAAAAGGGUGCAAACCAGUUGCUGCAGAAAUGAAUGGUGGACAUGCGAGAUUUUCUGGUAUUGUCUGCAGAAAUUACUCAAAAAGGCGUAUUACAUAUAUCGCUUUAGGAGAAAGUGCUUUUCGUUCUCAAGAUUGCAAAAAAGUCACGCUACUGAUAUCUACUAAACAUAAACCAGGAAUCCACGAAGUAAUAGAAUUUGAAGUUGACAGUGUUAUACAUGAGGUGCGGGUGGUGGAGAUCGGCUUUUCGGAUCCAAGCAAAGAUGGUCAGUUUAAGAGAGUAAAGUCAAAGUUGGACAAAAACAAAUUACAUAAAAAUUUCGUAGAGCAAUCGGAAUUUAUGUUAGAAUCGGAAAAAAGUCUUUCAUCGGGAAAUUUAUCUCGCUACAGUUGCUCCAAUGAAGAAGAAGCAUUUAAUGAUUUAAGCAUUGGAAAUGAUCAUAUUGAUAAUGCAGGGAAUAAGUUCAAUGGGCAUGAUAGAUUCAUAGGGGAAAUGGAAAAUUUGUGCAACUGUCUGUCCCAAUGA